AAAAUGGUGCAGAGGGGAACACUAAUCUUCCUACUUCUGGUCUACAAUCGUUUGAUUUUUGUUCUGAAAGCGGCAAAAUGCCCAGAAAAUUGCCACACGAAAGCGGCCAAUUCUUGUCGCUGUCCCGACCCAAAUUGGAAGAGUUCUCCGUGCAGCUUGGUUGGACAUGGAGGACCGUACAACUUUCCUGCAUGUCUGGACGCCAUACCAACCGACUUCUCAAGAGGAACUGUAUCAGUCUUAAUCCAGCAUCUCUCUUCUCCGACCCUGCUUGAAGAAUCGUUUCAGAACCUUCCUUUCCUUCUUCACCUGAGUAUCCGAAUGUCGAACGUUUCUACAAUCCAACCAGGCGCCUUCCGGGGUCUACGCCACUUAACUCACCUGUACCUUGUUGACAAUCGCGUCUCAGGGAUAGAACCUGACACUUUUAUUGGGAUCGGGAAACUACGUGUUCUACUCCUGGAGAAGAAUGCUAUUUCCGCCAUAUCCCAACAUGGAUUCCGUGGAUUAGCACAGCUUCGAGUGUUGCGGUUGUCUGGUAACCGCCUGACUUCAGUACCCGUUACCGCACUGCUAGAUCUACGUGCUAGCGUAUACGUGGACCUUCAGAGGAACCACAUCGCUACUAUCGACAGAGAUGUUGUACGUUUGAAGUAUAUCAAGGGCUUGAAUCUGAAGAUAAGAGAUAACAAACUGCGAUGUGACAAGGAUCUAACGUGGUUCAUCUGCAGCCUGCCGGACCUGCCGUACAUUUCUGGAGCCGAAUUUCUGAAGUGUGCCUCUCCUCCUGAUCUGUUUGGAGCUAGUCUAACUACCAUGGAAAUCGAGCUCUGCAAAACUAAAACGGACAGGCCACAGCAAGAGAUCGGCUCCAAACCAUUCAGUGAACAUUCCACGACGACAGAGUCUAGGAACGUGCACUCAUCACCUCACAUCCCUACCACCCACCCGUACAGUGAUUCCAUUCCCACUGAGGAGUAUACUGAGAUUCUGACUGUAUCUGAGCAUACCACACAGAUGGAUAAUGUUAAUGACUUUGGGGAAGACCCAGUUAUCAAGAAGGAUGUCAACAUCACCCUUGUCAUGAUCACUGCCUUAAUCACUGCUGUUGUUGUGCCCCCGCUCCUCGUGUUGACAAUGACAGCUCUCCUCUUCAUCCUCAAGCUCUGUCGCGGUACAGAUUUGCCUCACCACGACGGAAGUUACGAAGAAGCUACUUCCUCAAAAACCGAUAAUAAUAUCGAGCCGUACGCAGUUUCCUAUGCUGACUCGGCUGAACUGAAGGGUCAUGACAGAAACUCAACCACAAACAGACUACCCUCCCCAGACGACAGCCAUACCAUUGAGCCGUACCAAGUCACCUAUGAUGACCAGACAGGAUCACAGCUUCAGUCCAAUGCAGCGGACAGCGUUGAUGACCCAGCGCAAGAAGACAACUAUGAGGCCCAGCCGUACGCAGUCGGCUACCCUGAGGACUCCCCACAAGCCACAAGAAGCCGUGCAGAGGCAAGUUUAACACCACAAGAAAAUGGUACUGAUGGGCGGGCAACAGACUUCAAACGACCAGUCGUCCAAUCACUGACAAAUGAUGAGUCAAAAGACUCAGAAGAUGAAGAGGAAGAGGGAGAAAGUGAUUCGACCGGAGAUGGUAAGGGUCCUUACGGGAAGGACGAAGGGCACCAGGUUCCAGGAGGAGUUGGACUGCAGUACCAGAGCGGCUCGCAAGCGAACAAGGGCGGCGCAUGUUCAGUGUACAACCCGCCUGAUGGACGGAUUCAGACGAGUGGACAUCAUCAGUCAGUGUUGUAUGAAGACGAACGGGUGGACACUGGACUUCCUCACUGA